GACGAACAUGGCGGCCCCCGACGCGGAGCCGGUUUUGACUUCAUGCACUGCAUCCUCAGAGGGCGAAGAAGAAACAAUUCUUUAUGACUUAUUGGUUAAUACCGAGUGGCCACCGGAGACAGAAGUACAGCCUAGAGGCAACCGAAAACAUGGUGCGUCCUUUAUUAUCACAAAAGCAAUUAGAGAUCGUUUGUUAUUUUUACGGCAAUACAUCUGGUACAGUCCUGCCCCUUUUUUGCUCCCUGAUGGACUGGUACGUUUGGUUAAUAAACAGAUAAACUGGCAUUUGGUACUUGCAAGCAAUGGAAAACUUUUGGCUGCUGUUCAAGAUCAGUGUGUGGAAAUCAGGUCUGCAAAAGAUGAUUUUACAUCUAUUAUUGGGAAAUGUCAAGUUCCCAAAGAUCCAAAACCCCAGUGGAGACGAGUAGCGUGGAGUUACGAUUGUACUCUCCUGGCCUAUGCUGAAAGUACAGGAACUGUGAGGGUGUUUGAUCUUAUGGGAAGUGAACUGUUUGUUAUUGCCCCUGCAUCUAGUUUUGCAGGUGAUUUAAGCUAUGCUAUUGCUGGGUUGAUAUUUUUAGAAUAUAAAGCAAGUGCACAAUGGUCUGCAGAACUGUUGGUCAUCAGUUAUCGAGGAGAGCUUAGAAGUUACCUUGUAAGUGUUGGAACGAAUCAGAGCUACCAGGAAAGUCACUGUUUCAGCUUUAGUAGUUACUAUCCUCAUGGAAUCAACACAGCCAUUUACCAUCCUGGUCACAGACUUUUAUUAGUUGGUGGAUGUGAAACUACUGAACCAGGCACAUCAAAAGCUUCUAUGUGUGGCCUUUCUGCCUGGAGAGUUCUUUCAGGAUCACCUUACUAUAAGCAAGUCACUAAUGGCGGAGACCGAGUUAUUGCGGUACCAAAGACAUUGGGAUUAAUAAGGAAGUUAAGUGUCAAGUUCUACAGUCGCCACAGCCAAGAGCAGGAUGGGAUUUUUAAGAUGAGCCUUUCUCCAGACGGGACUCUCCUUGCAGCUAUUCACUUCUCAGGGAAGUUAAGCAUCUGGGCCAUUCCGUCUUUGAAGCAGCAAGGAGAGUGGGACCAAGAUGAGCAGCCCGGAUAUGAUGCUCUUAAUCCUGACUGGAGGCUCUCUACUGAGAAGAGAAAAAAAAUAAAAGAUAAAGAGUCUUUUUACCCACUGAUUGAUGUAAAUUGGUGGGCAGAGAGUGCAGUUACUUUGGCUCGCUGCUCUGGUGCUUUAACUGUUUCAUCUGUGAAAACAUUAAAGAAUUUAUUAGGAAAGUCCUGCGAGUGGUUUGAACCAUCACCUCAAGUCACUGCUACUCAUGACGGUGGAUUUUUAAGCUUGGAGUGUGAAAUUAAACUUGCCCCCAAAAGGUCUCGUUUAGAGACAAGGUCUUCUGGAGAAGAAGAUGAAGGAGAAGAUAAUUCUGAUUCUGAUCAUGAAAUAUCUGCCAAGACUCGCUACUUUGGUUAUAUAAAACAAGGCCUUUACUUAGUGACUGAAAUGGAGCGAUUUGCUCCACCAAGGAAACGCCCACGAACUAUUACAAAAAAUUACCGCCUUGUGAGUUUGAGAUCUACAACUCCAGAAGAACUUUAUCAGAGAAAGAUUGAAAGUGAAGAAUAUGAGGAAGCCUUGUCAUUGGCUCACACCUACGGCCUGGAUACUGAUUUGGUAUAUCAGAGGCAGUGGAGAAAGUCUGCCGUCAACAUUGCUUCAAUACAGAAUUAUUUGAGUAAAAUAAAGAAACGAUCCUGGGUUCUGCAUGAGUGUUUGGAAAGAGUUCCUGAAAAUGUGGAUGCUGCAAAAGAACUCCUUCAGUAUGGUUUAAAAGGCACUGACCUGGAGGCUCUUAUAGCAAUAGGGAAAGGAGCAGAUGAUGGCAGAUUUGCAUUACCUGGUGAAAUAGACAUUGACAACAUUUCCUAUGAAGAGAUUUCACCUGAUGAAGAAGAGACUGCCAAGAAUAAAAAGGAAAAGGAACUCAUGAGGAGACAAGAGCUCCUUAAAUUAGUGAACUUUUCAAAGUUAAUGCUGGAACAAAAAGAACUUUGCCGUUGUAGACUGAAAUUAUUAACCUACUUGGAUCGACUUGCAACAUAUGAGGAAAUCCUAGGAGUGCCUCAUGGAUCUGAGCAGAGCUAUGAUGCCGAAUUCUUUAAGAAGUUCAGAAAUCAGAACAUUGUUCUGUCAGCAAGAACUUAUGCUCGGCAAAGUAAUGUUCAAGCCCUAGAAAUUCUCUUUACUUACCAUGGCUCAGACCUGCUUCCUCAUCGCCUUGCGAUUCUUUCUAACUUCCCAGAAACCACUUCUCCACAUGAGUAUGCUGUUUUGUUGCCUGAAGCUUGUCACAGUGAUAAUUCCUUGAUGAUCAUUCCUUGGAAUGAACAUAAACAUCGGGAGAAAGAUUGGUGUGAGGCGUCUGAGUGCAAAAUGGUUGUUGAGCCAAGUCUCCAAGAUGAAAAUGAAUUCUUGUAUGCUGCACAGCCUGAAUUACUCAAGUACAGGAGCACUCACCUUCCAGUUGAGAAGGUUACGGAAUGGUAUCAGACUCGGGCAGAGGAAAUAGAGCAUUAUUCCCGACAGGUUGACUGUGCAUUGUCACUUAUUCGCCUUGGAAUGGAGCGGAAUAUUCCUGGCUUACUGGUUUUAUGUGAUAAUUUGGUUACUCUAGAAACAUUGGUGUAUGAAGCAGGAUGUGACUUAACCCUCACCUUGAGAGAACUCCAGCAGAUGAAAGACAUUGACAAACUAAGAUUACUGAUGAAUAGUUGUUCUGAAGAUAAAUAUGUGACAAGCGCCUAUCAAUGGAUGGUUCCUUUUCUUCAUCGAUGUGAGAAACAGUUUCCUGGUGCGGCUAAUGAGCUGUUAAAAGAAUAUUUGGUGACUUUAGCUAAAGGAGAUUUAAAAUUUCCCCUGAAGAUAUUUCAGCAUUCCAAACCAGAUCUACAGCAAAAAAUUAUACCGGAUCAGGACCAGUUGAUGGCAGUAGCACUAGAGUGCAUCUAUAACUGUGAACGAAGUGACCAGCUCUCUAUUUGCUAUGACAUAUUAGAAUGUCUUCCACAAAGAGGAUAUGGAUACAAGACAAAAGCAACUGCAGCUCUUCAUGACAUGGUAGAUCAGUUGGAACAAAUUCUCAGUGUGUCAGAGCUUUUGGAGAAACAUGGACUUGAGAAACCAAUUUCAUUUGUUAAGAACACUCAGUCUAGUUCAGAAGAGGCACACAAACUGAUGGUGAGAUUGACCAGACACACUGGACGGAAGCAACCUCCUGUCAGUGAAUCUCAUUGGCGAACACUCCUCCAAGACAUGUUAGUGAUGCAGCAGAAUGUUUACACAUGCCUACAUUCUGAUGUUUGCUAUGAGGUAUUUACUGAAAGCCUUUUGUGCUCCAGUCACCUUGAAAAUAUCCACCUGGCCGGGCAGAUGAUGCAUUGCACUGCCGGCUCAAUAAAUCCACCAACUAGUAUACCCCAUAAAGGGAAAACCCAGUACAGGGUCAGUUAUGAAAAAAGUAUUGACUUGGUUUUGGCUGCCAGCAGAGAGUAUUUCAAUUCUUCCACCAACCUCACUGAUAGCUGCAUGGAUCUAGCCAGAUGCUGUUUAGAACUGAUAACAGAUAGACCUCCUUCUGUUCAGGAGGAGCUAGAUCUUAUUCAAGCCCUUGGAUAUCUCGAGGAAUUUGGGGUAAAGAUCCUGCCUUUACAAGUGCGAUUGUUCUCUAAUCGGAUUGGCCUCAUCCAAGAAUGUAUUUCUCAGUCUCCCAUGUGCUACAAACAAUCAGCCAAGCUUCUGGGCCUUGCUGAGUUGCUGAGGGUAGCAGGUGAUGACACUGAAGAAAGAAGAGGACAGGUUCUGAUUCUUUUAGUAGAGCAAGCCCUCCGUUUCCAUGACUACAAGGCAGCGAAUAUGCAUUGUCAGGAGCUGAUGGCUACAGGUUUUUCUAAAAGUUGGAAUGUUUGUAGCCAAUUAGGACAAUCUGAAGGGUAUCAAGAUAUAGCUACUCGUCAGGAGCUCUUGGCUUUUGCUUUGACCCACUGCCCUCCUACCAGCAUUGAACGCCUUUUAGCAGGUAGCAGCUCUCUACACACAGAAAUUCUUUAUCAAAGAGUGAAUUUCCAGAUCCAUGCAGAAGGAGAGAAAAAUACUAGUACUUCACCAUUAAUUAGUAAAGCAUUACAAGAGGAUGAAGUAAAUAUUGCAGACAGCGGUUCAGCUGACCUAUUACACUGGACCACUGCUACGACCAUGAAAGUCCUUUCCAACACCACGACAACCACCAAAGCUGUGCUGCAGGCUGUCAGUGAUGGGCAGUGGUGGAAGAAGUCUCUAACUUACCUGCGACCUCUUCAAGGGCAAAGAUUUGAUAGUGCUUAUCAAAUUAGAAGUACAGCCAAUGAAGAUCUAGAAAAACAAGGUUGUCAUCCAUUUUAUGAAUCUGUUAUCGCCAAUCCUUUUGUUACUGAGUCUGAAGGAAACUAUAAUACCUAUCAACACAUUCCAAUGGAAAGCUUUGCAGAAGUAUUACUGAGAACUGGAAAACUGACAGAGACAAAAACUGAAGGGGAAGAAGUAUUUCCAACAACAGAAGUUCUCUUACAGCUCGCUAGUGAUGCUUUACCAAAUGACAUGACCUUGGCUCUCGCUUACCUGCUUGCUUUACCCCAGGUGUUAGAUGCUAACAAGUGUUUUGAAAAGCAGUCCCAUUCUGCUUUAUCUCUCCAAUUGGCCGCGUAUUACUACAGCCUACAGAUCUAUGCCCGUUUGGCACCAUGCUUCAAGGACAAGUGCCAUCCUCUUUACAGGGCGGAUCCCAAAGAGCUAAUCAAGAUGGUCACCAAGCAUGUUACUCUCUAUGGACACGAAGCCUGGCCUGAGGACCUCGUUUCACUGACUAAGCAGUUACACUAUUACAAUGAGCGCCUUCUGGAUUUCACUCAGGCUCAGAUCCUUCAGGGCCUUCGGAAAGGGGUAGACGUGCAGCGUUUUACUGCAGACGACCAGUAUAAAAGGGAAACUAUCCUUGGUCUGGCAGAAACACUGGAAGAAAACGUUUACAGCAUUGCUCUUUCUCUGGCACAGCGUUACUGUGUGCCCCACUGGGAAGUUUUUAUGACUCAUUUGGAGUUCCUGUUCAGUGACAGUGGUUUGUCUACAGUAGAAAUUGAAAGCCGAGCCCAAGCUCUUCAUCUUUUUGAGACAUUGAAGACUGACCCUGAAGCCUUUCACAGGCACAUGGUCAAAUACAUUUACCCCACUAUCGGUGGUUUAGAUCAUGAGAGACUUCUCUAUUACUUCACUCUUCUGGAGAGCUGUGGCUGUACAGACUUUGAGAAGUCUGCCAUUAAACCAGACACCCACAUUCGUUUACUGAAGAAACUAAAGGUCGUCGCUGCAGGUCUUAAUUACAAAAAGCUGACAGAUGAAACCCUGAGUCCUUUGGAAGCUUUGGAGCCAGUUCUUUCAAGUCAAAAUAUCUUAUCAAUUUCCAAACUUGUUCCCAAGAUCCCUGAAAAGGAUGGGCGUAUGCUUUCCCCAAGUUCUCUGUACACCAUCUGGCUGCAGAAGUUGUUCUGGUCUGGAGACCCUCACCUCAUUAAACAAAUCCCUGAGUCCUUACCACAGUGGCUCCAUGCCUAUGAUGUCUGCAUGAAGUACUUUGAUCGACUCUGCCCUGGUGACCUCAUCACUGUAGUUGAUGCAGUUACAUUUUCUCCAGAAGCUGUGACCAAGCUACCUGUGGAAGCACGUAAAGACAUGACUAGAAAAGCAAUUAAAACAGUCAAACAUUUUAUUGAGAAGCCAAGAAAAAGAAGUUCAGAAGAUGAUCAGGAAACUAAUGCUUCUGCAGUUACCUAUGCUGAUACUUUGAAUCAUCUGGAGAAAUCACUUGCUCACCUGGAAACUCUCAACCAUAGCUUCAUUGUUUCUCUGAAGAAUAGUGAGCAGGAAAUGCUGCAGAAAUACAGUAUCCUCUAUGAUCUAUCUCGAUCAGAAAAAGAGAAGCUUCACGAUCAAGCUGUGACCAUGUGCUUAGAUAGUCAGCCACUAGGAAUGAUUCAGCAGCUGCUAGAAGUGGCUGUUGGCCCCAUUGGCAUCUCACCCAAGGAUGUAGUACAAAGUGCAAUAAUGAAAAUAAUUUCUGCAUUAAGUGGAGGCGAUUCUGACCUUGGUGGACAACAGAACCCCCUACAAGUCCUGGAAGGUGUUGUUGCAGCAGUCCAUGACAGUGUGGAGAAGGGAGAGGAUCUUGUUUCUUCUGAGGACCUGCUGGGGUGGCUGAGGCCCUUCUGUGGGGAUGACGCCGUGCCGGUGAGGCCCCGCAUCCGUGUGCUGCAGAUCGUGGAGCAGUCCUUUCACCUGACCGAGGAAGAUGGCAAGCUCCUGGUCUUCUUCAGAACGGAGGCCGUUGUCAAAGCUGCUUGGCCCCAGAGAGAAAUCGAUGUAACCAACAUUGAAAAUGACGAGAGCCGCUACUCUCUCUUUAUGGAGCUCCUCGGAUGCAGUCACCAUGAGACUGACUUUCAGCACUUGGUUUUACUUUUGCAAGCUUGGCCACCUAUGAGAAGUGAAUAUGUCAUAAGCAACAACCCAUGGGUAAAACUUGUUACAGUGAUGUUAGCCAAAUGUACAGCAGAGAACAAGGAAAGACUGGGAAAUGAGGUCUUGAAAAUCUGCCGGUCUUUAUACAAUACCCAACAGAUGCUCCCUGCUGAGUGUGUGAAGGAGCUGUGCUCACUGCUACUUAACCAGUCUCUCCUGCUCCCAUCCCUGAAACUGCUCCUCGAAAGCCCAGAUGAGGCUCUCCAUGCUCUGGCACUGGAACACAUCACUGCUAUUGCCAAGGUGGACGAUUCAAACUGUGACCAAGAACUCCUUUCUUUGCUUCUGGAUGCCAAACUUUUGGCGAAGUGCAUCUCCACUCCUUUUUAUCCCUGUAUCGUUAACCACCUCUUGGCCAGCCUGCAGCAAGGGCGCUGGGAUGCUGAAGAGCUGGCCAGACAGCUGAAGAAGGCCGGCCAUGAAGCUGAAGCUGGGUCCCUCCUGCUGGCCGUAAGGGGAACCCAUCAGGCUUUGAGAACUUUCAGCACAGCCCUCAGCGCAGGACAGCACUGGGUAUGA